AUGGCUCUCAGGUUUGAGGUUGGUUACAGGCUCGAUAUCAGCCUGUCUACACGUGUCUGUGGCCCUGCAAGCUGCCGGCUCCCGCCCACGGCUGCGGCCAUAGCCGCAGCUGUUGGCGAGGACUUCGAGAAGCUUCAGCUGGUUCGUCAGAUCGUGAAGCGUGGAGUAAUAAUUAAGCUGUUGCGUAACCUUGUCCUCGAAAUGCGCAUGCAUGCUCCCCUAGUGACUUUGAUGUGGCAUGGACGGUCGGUCAAGAAACCUAGUCCUGCCCUUAUCUUUUACGUUACUUGUGGAGUCUAUCUUUUCCUGGUUACUGUCACCAACAUGUUAAUCUUGACUGUAAUUGUUUCAGCCCUGAUAUCUCAAUGUAAUCUCGAUUGUGAAUCGGUGACUGCAGAGUCAGGAGAGGGUGCCAUCUACCAAGCAAGCUAG